GUAUCUAUCCAUUAAAAUAUUUGUGAUUCGGUUCUUAAUUAACAAACAUUUCUUUAUUUUAUUUAACAAGGUACAAAUAAAGUAAUGCCAUUAAUUAACAUGAUUCAGUUGGCUGGCCGUGAACGACAAUAGCGCCGGCGAGUUGCUCCGCCGCACCAGAUUCAACUAUGUUCAAAUAUUUGAAUUCAACUUCCCUACUGUCUAUCGAUUCAAUUACUUCAUCAAUUCUACUCAUGAUUUAAGAUUCUUCCUCUCUCCUAGUUAUCCACUAUCCGUCUGAUUCAUGAGGUUCCGAUCGCUUCUCCAUUCUCUGUUUUUUUCUGAGAGUAGGUCAUUAUUCAAGUGAUCGUAGCUACUGAAUUGGGAUUUGUUUGGUUGAAGUUUGGGGAGCUAAUGUUUUGAUGCUGACACUUCAUAUUGUAUAUUCAAUAUGCCUGGGGCGGCCAAAAGGGCAACUCGUAAGAAGCUGCAUUUGGAAGAUGAUGAAAGAACUUUAGAAAACUUGAAACGAGAACUAAAACCUCUAUACAGGCCUCACGCUUCGAAAUCUAAAAAUAAAGCAUGGGAAAUAAAAUCCGGCACCAAAGCUGCAUCCUUAUCUAGGUGUAAAGGCAAGAGCUCAGGAAAAGAUGAUGAAAAUGUGAGCUUGAAGAGGAGAAAGGUUGUCAAGAAAACCGUUGUGAAUAGGACCAUAACCUCCAAGAAGCAACCAUCUUUGGGUGUUCUCAAAGAUAAUUCUACUAAUGUUAGCUCAAAGGAGGGUGAUAAAGCAGAUGAUAAAUAUGGAAUAUCGCGAAAACCAAAGAGAAGGAGAAAGAAGACAAAAAACAACAUGGAGCUCGAUGACGCUUCUCGCUUGCAAAGGAGGACAAAAUACCUAUUAAUAAAAGUGAAGCUGGAGCAGAAUCUAAUUGAUGCAUACUCUACAGAAGGUUGGAAAGGUCAGAGUCGAGAAAAGAUUAAACCAGAGAAAGAACUACAAAGAGCCAAACAACAGAUAUUCAAGUGCAAACUAGGGAUACGAGAAGCCAUCCGUCAAUUGGAUUUGCUAAGCUCGGAAGGGCGUAUUAAUGAUUCCGCGGUUGCUCCUGAUGGAUCUAUGCACCAUGAACAUAUAAUCUGUGUCAAAUGUAAGUUGUGUGAAGCACUCCCAGAUAAUCGCAUCAUCCAUUGUCAUGGGACAUGCAAUUGUGCUUUUCACCAGAAGUGCAUGGAUCCUCCAUUGUCACCAGAAAAUACAAUGUUGCUAGUUCCUCCAGGGGACGAAGGGUGGUUUUGCAAAUUCUGUAAGAAAAAGACAGAGAUACUGGAAGCAACGAAUGCGCACCUUGGGACUCAUUUUCCCUUGGAUAGUAAUUGGCAGGAUGUUUUCAAGGAAGAAGCUGAAUUACCUGAUGGUGUAAACUCUGUGUUGUUCCAAGAAGAGGAAUGGCCAUCGGAUGAUUCUGCAGAUGAUGACUAUGAUCCAGAUAGAAAUGAGUGCAGCUGCAGUGGCAAUAUGUCUACGUCCAAAUCUGAUGCUUCUCAGUAUAGUUCCAGUUUCCUGGGUUCGCUUGAGGAUGAAGAUGAGAGAUUUGAAGUGAGAAGCAAUAGAUCUUUUGAUGAAAAUCUAGAGUCAAUUGGAGCAGACACUGAUGAGAUACACAAUGGUGGAGUUGUAUCCCAUCCUAGACAGAGACCAGCUGUCGACUAUAUCGAGUUAUACAAUGAAAUGUUCGGAAAGAAUCCUACCGAAAGUGAACAAAUCAGUGAAGAUGAAGACUGGGGUCCCACAAAAAGAAAGCGGAAAGCAAAGGAGACUAAUGCUGCCAGCACUUUGAUGGCUCUAGGUGAAACUGAUAACAAAUUCUCUGUAGAAACUCUUUCAUAUUUGAAAGAGAAACAGUUAACCAAGAUGAUGAGAAGACCAAUUUGCAGACUCCCGCAUGUUGCAGUUGAGAAGCUUCGACUUGUUUUUUCUGAGAAUGAACUUCCAGAAAGAGCAGUAAGAGUGAGUCUUUCAGAGCAGCUAGGCCUAGAACUUGAGAAGGUGAACAAAUGGUUCAAGAAUGCACGCUACCUAGCAUUGAAAGAGAGAAAGCAAACAGGAAGAGCAGAAGUUGCAGUCAGCCCUGGUAUUCAAAAGGAAUCCUCAUCAGAUACUGAAGAGGGUGUUUGGGAUCAAAUCUCAUCAAGGAACGGUACUGCACCAGUAAAGUCUAAGAUCUCAAAAGGGUUUCCUCAACAAAGGAAUACACACUUGCUGAACCAUUCUUACAAGAUAAAGCAGCAACGGAAACCUUUGUUACAAUCAGCAAUCAGAAACCAGAUGAGUGUGGAUCUUGGUGAUGAUGUGAGCCUGAAACAUGUAAGAAACAAAGCGAAGGAAGCCAAGAAGAAAUUGGAUUGCAAAAGCCAGGGUGGUAUGCUGGAAGCAGAAAAGAAGAUGAAAAGGCUCUGUGAAAUUAAGAGCAGAGUAGAGAAACUGCACCAACUUCUUCUUGAACUUCCAUGUUCGAGGAUAGGCAAAGCUAGGGGAAAUAACUCAGGUGACCGAUCUCUUCUUUUUGUACCAAUAGCAGAAUUAAAGGAGAAAAGGUGACCAUAUUUUCCCUUCAUUAUUACUUUUAUUUUUACUGAACUAUGCUUUUGUUUCUCUGCAAUUAGAGAGAAAAGAGUCAUUUUUUUGUGAAUAGAUAGGCAUCUCAAGACAUUUCUGUAGUUGUACAUAAUUGUGUGCGGCCAUGUGUUAUUAGAUGAAGUGAUGAACAUCAGCAAUGAGUUUAUAUAGAUGAAAGCUUUUCUAGGUGUAAUUUUUCUAA